GGCGCCGGGAUGUGUGGCGGAGGACGGGCUCCGACCGGUGGAGGCAGCGCGGCGGGAAUCGGGGAGGUCGCCGGCCGCUGGUGUGGGCUCCUGCUGUGCUCUGCUCUGCUCGGCUCUGCCCGUGCCCUGGUGGAUGCCGAUGAUGUCAUCACUAAGGAGGAGCAGAUCUAUUUGUUGUUUGAGGCAAAGGAAGAUUGUGAAAAAAAUCUGAGAACAAGACCAGCACAGAAAGAAGGUGCGGUCUGCCGGCCUGAGUGGGAUGGCAUUGUGUGCUGGCCCACUGCCCAGGCCAACCACAGCGUCUCCGUCUCCUGCCCCCACUACAUCCAUGACUUUAACCACAAAGGACGUGCCUAUCGUAGAUGCAGUGUUCACGGUGAUUGGGAGAUGGUCCUCCAGCAAGAACAGAACUGGGCAAACUACACCGAGUGCACCCAGCUCCAGAGAGCUGACCUGUGGCACCAAAAGGAAGUGUUUGACCGUCUGCACCUGAUGUACAUGGGUUACUCCAUCUCCCUGGUUUCUCUGCUGGCUGCUGUUGCCAUACUCAGCUAUUUCAAACGGCUGCACUGCACCAGGAACUACAUCCAUGUGCACCUCUUCACUUCCUUCAUGUGCCGGGCCGUCAGCAUCUUCGUCAAGGACGCCGUGGUCUAUUCGGACUCGGCGAUGGACGGGCUGGAGGUCCGUGUCGAGGAUUUAGUGGGUGACGUGACGCUCCUCCCCAGUGACAAGCGGUUUGUUGGUUGCAAGGUGGCGGUGAUCUUAUUCCUGUACUUCCUUGCCACCAAUCACUACUGGAUUCUGGUGGAAGGCCUUUACCUGCACAGUCUGAUCUUCAUGGCUUUCUUAUCGGACAAGAAGUAUCUCUGGGCGCUGACUCUGAUUGGCUGGGGAGUCCCUGCGGUGGUGGUAACUGUAUGGGGAAGCAUCAGAGCAUCGCUGGCAGAUACACAGUGCUGGGACCUCAGUGCUGGCAAUGUGAAGUGGAUUUACCAAGUUCCCAUUCUUGCUGCCAUUGUGGUAAAUUUCUUCCUCUUCACCAACAUUGUCCGUGUUUUGGCAUCGAAACUGUGGGGGACAAAUGCAGGAACGCUGGACCCUCGGCAACAGUACAGAAAGCUGCUGAAGUCCACACUAGUCCUCAUGCCUCUUUUUGGGGUCCAUUAUGUGGUUUUCAUGGCUAUGCCGUACACUGACGUCUCCGGGAUCCUUUGGCAGAUCCAGAUGCAUUACGAGAUGCUCUUCAACUCCUCUCAGGGCUUUUUUGUUGCAUUCAUCUACUGCUUCUGCAAUGGUGAGGUUCAGGCAGAAAUAAAGAAGUCCUGGUUGAGGCAGAACAUACGGCUGAAUUUUCGGCGGCAGACGCGGGCGGGCAGCAGCUGCCCUUACGGAGCCGUGACCUCUCACGCUACCAACAGCAUCAGCAGCACCAUCGCCACACGAGGCCUGUCCACAACGCACAGCAACGCCCGGCCCUGCGCACUGCCUCUCCAUUCCUUCAUCAAGCUGCCCGGCUACACUGCAAGCACACCCCCCUUGGACAACUGCCUGCCCUCUCCAAGUCUGGCCAGCACGGAGAAGCAGGUAGACGGCACAGAGCGGGAGCAACAGCUCCAGCCUCCCCUCCACCAUCAAUGGGAAACAGUGCUGUGA